AUGUGCAUUCUAUUUGCGACAACAGCGCAUCCAAAGUAUAAACUAGUUCUCAUCUCGAACAGGGACGAAUACUUCGCGCGCAAAACGCACACUACAUGUUGGUCUCACAAUGAUAGCAUAUUAGCGCCAUAUGAUAUGGCACUGCAAGACGCAGAUGGUCUAGACCAUGGAAGCCCCUGUGGUACAUGGAUAGGCAUUAAUCGAGCAGGGCACGUGUCAGUGCUUUUGAAUUUGGCACCGAAGGAUGCUGAUGGCGACCACGGCUACUCUCACCGGCACUCUCGAGGGGCAGUGACAAUGGAGUACCUGAAAGACUUUGACCACAACAACUGGGAUAGUUGGAAUACCUACGAGAAGUUUGGCGCACACUUCCCGACGCUGUAUAAGACCAAGUUAUUCACACACUUCUAUGGUGACGUAGUAAAUUCUCAAUUCAGCGUCAUUAACUCCCUGGGACAGACGCUGGAUCCUUUCAGCCAGAGUCCGUACUACGUUGUUUCAAAUGGGCCCUCUGAUGGCGCCAAGGCGCUUGGGCAGUGGCCCAAAGUAGUCGAAGGCAAUCAGCUGUUCAAAAAGAUGAUACAAGAGAGCCUAGACGUAUCUGAGGAGGAGCUCCUGCAGAGGUGUUUCAACCUAGCGUCGUACUCUCAGUACGUUUCGAACCAGCCUAUAGGCGUCCACGAUGAUAGCAUACCGAAACGCACCAUUUUUGUUCCAGCUUUGUACAAUUUAUCGGGGCAGGCGAACCUAUCCUUUGCUGCGGGGAUGUACUACGGUACAAGAUCUACAAUCGUCAUGCUUGUGAGUGAAGACGGAAACGUCGUUACUCGCGAGCACGUUAUUCACGAUAGCGAUCAAGAUUUGGAUAGCUAUUCGAUCCUCAACCCCAAGGAGCAGGUAACUCACAGAUUUUCGCUGCAGAUGCACUGA